UGGAACGUGAUGAAAUCUCCCCCUGGACAAAUCAAAUUGAGGCUGUCAACCUCACCAGGUGGGAUUAGCUGCAGCUAAUAGAAGGAGCCGAGCAAACAAGAGUCCUGCGCUCAGUUUAAAGGGAAAGAGAAGAACCCACUGUGCAGGCUUUUCAAGAAAUCUCUUAAUAUGGCUAAGAAAAACUGUUUGCAGUUGCAUCAGCUAAUAUCCUUGUUCACUUUUGCUGUCGGGGUAAACAUCUGCAUUGGAUUUACAGCCAAUCGGUUUCGACGAUCUGGGGAUGGCGAAGACAGCUUGUUCUCAGUCUUAUCAGAUUCCCCCUGGGUCACUACUGCUGGAUCCUGCAAAAACAGAUGCUUUGAACUUCAAGAGGCUGAGCCUCCGGGCUGCCGUUGUGACAACUUGUGCAAGAGCUACACCAGUUGUUGUGCUGACUUUGAUGAACUGUGUUUAAAGACAGCUGGAGGCUGGGAAUGUACAAAAGAGCGCUGUGGAGAGGCAAGAAACGAAGAUAAUGCUUGCCAGUGCUCUGAAGACUGCUUGGCCAGAGGAGACUGCUGUACUAAUUUCCAGGUUGUUUGCAAAGGAGAAACUCACUGGGUUAUGGAUGAUUGUGAGGAAAUACGGGCUCCAGAAUGCCCACCAGGUUUCCUUCGACCUCCUUUGAUAAUCUUCUCUGUCGAUGGCUUCCGAGCUUCCUAUAUGAAGAAAGGUGAUAAAGUGAUGCGCAACAUUGAAAAACUAAGAUCCUGUGGAACACAUGCUCCAUAUAUGAGACCUGUCUACCCUACAAAAACCUUCCCUAACUUGUAUACUCUGGCAACUGGACUCUAUCCGGAAUCACAUGGAAUCAUUGGCAAUUCAAUGUAUGACCCUGUUUUUGAUGCAACCUUUAGUCUCCGAGGCCGAGAGAAAUUCAAUCACAGAUGGUGGGGGGGUCAACCUAUAUGGAUUACCGCUGCCAAGCAAGGGGUGAAAGCUGGUACAUUUUUUUGGUCUACCAUGAUUCCUCACGAGCGCAGAAUAUUGACCAUAUUGCAAUGGCUGACCCUUCCAGACAAUGAAAGGCCUUAUGCGUAUGCUUUCUACUCUGAACAACCAGAUAUUGCUGGCCACAGAUACGGUCCUUUCAACUCAGAGGAGAGUAAUUAUGGCUCCCCUCUUACUCCGUCUAAAAGACCUAAGAGAAAGAUCACUCCUAAGAGGAGACAGAAAAGACGGAUUGAUCCUUCAAAGAAAAGAAGAAAAGUACACAGGCCGGAACAAUACUCUGCGGAAUCCCGUCGGAACAAAAUGUUACAUCCACUAAGGGAGAUUGACAAGAUACUGGGACAGCUAAUGGAUGGAUUGAAGCAGCUGAACUUACAUCGAUGUGUCAACAUUAUCUUCGUGGGUGACCAUGGGAUGGAAGAUGCCACUUGUGAAAGGACAGAAUACUUGAGCAAUUUUCAUCUUAAUAUGGAUGACAUAUAUUUGGUACCUGGAACUUUAGGGCGCAUUCGUGCCAAAGCUAACAGCAAUGUUAGAUAUGAUCCAAAAGCUGUUGUCGCCAAUCUCACAUGCAAGAGACCAGACCAGCACUUUAAGCCUUAUCUAAAACAGCAUCUUCCCAAACGGUUGCAUUACGCUAAUAACCGAAGAAUUGAGGAUGUCCACUUGUUAGUGGAAAGAAGAUGGCAUGUGGCCAAGAGGCCCGGAGAUGUCUUCAAGAAAAUAACAGGAAAGUGCCUUUUCCAAGGAGACCAUGGCUAUGACAACAAGAUUAAUAGCAUGCAGACUGUCUUUGUAGGCUAUGGCCCUUCAUUUAAAUACAGGACAAAAGUCCCUCCAUUUGAAAAUAUAGAACUUUACAAUGUUAUGUGUGAUCUUCUUGGAUUAAAGGCUGCCCCUAACAAUGGGACCCAUGGAAGUUUAAAUCAUCUCCUUCGGAGCAAUACUUAUAAACCAGCUAUGCCAGAUGAAGUUGCUAGGCCACUCUACCCUGUAGCUACACCACCUUCAUCCGACUAUGACCUGGGAUGUACAUGUGACGACAAGAAUAAGUUGGACGAACUCAAUAGGCGUCUUCAUGUCAAAGGGACAGAAGGUCCCAUGAUCCCCAGCAUAACCAUUUUGGUGGCCAAAGGGGACCACCUGUUCCCUUUUUCACCGGAACCCAACCCACUCUGUGCAUCAGAUAAACACCUCCUUUAUGGCCGCCCAGCUGUUCUUUAUCGUACAAAAUACAGCAUCUUGCAUCACCAUGACUUUGAAAGCGGCUACAGCGAAACAUUCCUGAUGCCUCUUUGGACGUCUUAUACCAUUUCGAAACAGGCAGAAGUAUCUGGUGUCCCAGAGCAGCUGGUCAACUGUGUGAGACCGGACUUGCGCAUUUCACCGAGCAAUAGCCAGAGUUGUACACCUUACAGAGUGGACCGGCAGAUGUCCUAUGGAUUCCUUUUUCCUCCCCAACUAAGUUCUUCAGCAGAAGCAAAAUACGAUGCCUUUCUAAUAACCAAUGUUGUCCCCAUGUUCCCUGCCUUCAAAAGGGUGUGGAAUUACUUUCAGCGGGUUUUGGUGAAGAAAUAUGCCACCGAGCGGAACGGUGUCAAUGUCAUAAGCGGACCGAUUUUUGAUUAUGACUACGAUGGUUUGCACGACACAACAGACAAAAUAAAACAGUAUGUGGAAGGCAGUUCAAUCCCAGUUCCAACCCAUUACUACAGUAUCAUAACAAGCUGUUUAGAUUUUAACCAGCCUGCUGACAAGUGCGAUGGACCACUUUCAGUUGUGUCCUUUAUCAUCCCCCAUCGGCCUGACAAUGAUGAGAGCUGCCUUAGUUCUGAAGAAGAUUCUCGGUGGGUGGAAGAACUCUUGAAGAUGCAUACUGCUCGAGUACGCGAUAUUGAACAGCUGACCAGCUUGGACUUUUUCCGGAAGACAAGCCGAAGCUACUCAGAAAUUCUUUCCUUAAAGACAUAUCUGCAUACGUUUGAAAGUGAAAUCUAACUCGCUUAAAAAAUUUGGCACAUCCUCUCAUCAAGUGGUGUAUAUUUUUAUAUUAUAUUUAUUAAUUUGAAACAGGACAUUAAAAUUAUUAGUGUGUUUUAAUCUCGCAUCAAAUCUUAAACGUUUAAAGUUUUGUGUCAGUUGUUUUCUCUUUUGAUUCUUUUAAGGGAGGGUGUGUCUUCACGUCUUUUUUAAUAAGCAGAAAUCUCUCUUUUUUGUAGUACUGAAGCUCGAGACUUUUGGUUGAAGCUUUCAGAUGGUCCUGCAGAAAUGAUACUCGCAUUGCGAAAACAUUAAUUAUUUUUCCCAGCACUCCCUUGCCUGGUUUUUAGUCCUGUACUGUGUGUAUCAAACAUGUAAAAUGACAAUUACUGUUAAUUAUGUGAUAGACAUAUUUAAGCUCCAUAGGGAAUAGAAAUCUAAAUAUAAUAAAACCACACAUUCAGUUUUUUUCACUUUGUAUUCCUUUCUCAGACAGUAUAUGAGCACUUGGGUGUCAAGACCUUUUUUUCACUGGAGUGCACCCCCCCUACCUUCUUCUCAAGGGUAAAUAAAUAUGCUUGGGAAGGGGGGGGAACUGGCAAGGAAAGCUUGCUGAGGUUUGUCUUUUUUAUGAGCUUUCUUGGCUGAGGGGAGGAAAUAUCCCAGACAGCUCUCAGGAAUUCUCAGGAAAUUUUGGGGAAAAUUUCCAAAGCGAACCAGGGAAAGCUUUCCAAUCAGUAAUGCACCCAGGUACCUAGGCAUUUUAUUAAAGUUGUGACUUUUUGUGAUUUUACUCAAUACAGUGUUUGCUAGGAAUUCUUCUUCACUACAAUGAAUCAAAGUUUGUUACUUUGGAUUUUAAAAAAAGAACACAAAGAUACAGGGGUGGCGCCCGGGUUUCUGGCGCCUGUGGCUGCCCCUAUGUGCGCACGUACAUAGUGCGCGCAUGCGUCCCCUGGACUGUGUGAUGAUGUCACUGUGUGAUGAUGUCAUCAUGCAGCAAGCCGGUCCCAUUGGCCGGCGGGUGGCUGAGACGGCUCGUGGAGGCUGCCCGCGCUCCCAGUCGGGCGCAACAGGUGGCUGGGGAGGUUCCGCACACCACCCCGGAUGCCUGCCGUACCUGGCCCAUGGCUUUUGCGCUCAGCCGGGGGUGUGUGUUGGCGGCAGCAGCAGCGUGGGGCUUGCCGGAUGCAGCAGCUGCGGGCCAGGCACACCCACUCCAUGGUGCGUGCCUCCGCCCCCAGCAUCUCCUCUGGCGCCCCCUCUGGCGCCUCAGCGCCCGCGGUGCCCGCCUCACCUCCUCAAUGGUGGCACCGGCCCUGCAAAGAUACUUCCCCAGCUUUUCUGUGUAAAUGAAGGGUUUUAAAUGUCCCUUUUUUGUUACAUAAUGUGGCAGACACCUUCCAUCCCAAUUUAGUGCCAAACUUACAGCUCAAAGGAUAAUUCCUUGGCUUGCGCUCUGUAAAGGCUCAGAAUCUGUAAAGUGUUUUUUGCUGGCUGGUAAGGUGGGGAAUGGAGAGACACGCAAGUUUGACUCUCCUCCCAAGAACAGAGCCAUUUGGUGUCAUAAAAAUGCAGGUGACCCUAGCCAGAGAGGGCAAUAUGCAACUAGAGCCUCACCUAAGCCAAGGUCACAUCUGAGCUAUAGAGCUCCAGGACACCAAAAUGAAGAGCAAACUUUCCUAAAGACAGGAAGAGAAAGAGGGUCUGCAAAGGAUGGUGAAGAGGAGAUUAUAAACCCCUUGAGCCAUGAGGAAGAAGAGGCCAUUUUUCCUUUUCACUGCAAGCCAUUUUACACCUAGAUGCCAUCUUAAGUACAUGAGCAUGUGUUGCUGAGACCACAAAGGGAGCGCCACAGAUACUUAAAACAAGAUAAUGGAGGAUUUUUAAUGCUUGCAACUCCAAAAAUUAGACAGCCUGUACCUUCUUAUCAUCUGUAGAGGUAUGAAUAGAGUGAAAGGGUUAAAAGAUUGCAUUUUACCACCUUUUCAUUGUUCCUUGCUUAGUCUGUUGUAUUUGCAGAUGUGCACUUUUUAUUUUCUUAUUAAACUACUUUUCAUUUUUAA